AUGGAAGAAAUUGCUCCAGAAUACGACGUCGUGGUCCUGGGAACAGGUCUCACCGAAUGUGUGCUUUCAGGUGUGCUUAGUGUAAAGGGCAAGAAGGUGCUCCACAUUGAUCGCAAUGACCACUACGGAGGUGAGGCAGCAUCGCUGAACAUCGAGGCACUCUUCAAGCGAUACGGCCGGACCGAGGGUGAGCCAUGGAAGAAGUAUGGCCGCGUCAAUGACUGGAACAUCGAUCUCGUCCCUAAGCUUCUCAUGGCCAACGGCGAACUGACCAACAUCCUCGUUUCCACCGACGUCACCAAAUACCUCGACUUCAAGCAAAUUGCUGGCAGCUAUGUUCAGCAGGGCAACGGCAGCAAGGCGACCAUUGCCAAGGUCCCCUCAGACGCCGGUGAGGCUCUUCGAUCGCCCCUUAUGGGUCUUUUCGAGAAGCGCCGAGCGAGGAACUUCCUCGAGUGGGUUGGUGGCUACAAGGAGGACGACCCAGCCACACACAAGGGCAUGGACGUCAAGAACAGCACCAUGAAGGAUAUCUAUGACAAAUUUGGUCUUGAGCCCUCCACUCGCGAUUUCGUUGGCCACUCUAUGGCUCUUUACCCAACCGACGACUACAUUGAGCAGAAGGGUGCAGCAGAAGAUGCCAUCCAGCGCAUCAGGCUGUAUGUAAACUCCAUGGCACGAUAUGGAAAGUCGCCAUACAUCUACCCUCUGUACGGUCUCGGAGAACUUCCUCAGGGUUUUGCUCGUCUCUCUGCCAUCUAUGGUGGUACCUACAUGCUCAACACCGACGUAGAUGAGUUCAUUUACGAGGGCGGCAAGGUUGUUGGCAUCAAGGCCACCAUGAAGGAGAAGGAUGUUCCUGGCGACGGUAUGAAGUUUGAGACCAAGGCAGGCAAGAUCCUCGCCGACCCUUCAUACUUCCCCAGCAAGGCCCGUGUUACCGGACACCUGCUCAAGGCCAUUUGCAUUCUCAACCACCCCGUUCCCAACACAUCGGAUGCCGAUUCCCUGCAACUGAUUAUUCCCCAGUCCCAGGUCGGACGUAAGCAUGAUAUCUACGUUGCGGUCGUUUCAUCUGCACACAACGUCUGCCCCAAGGGAUACUACAUUGCCAUUGUUUCCACUAUUGCUGAGGGUGACAGCAACCACCACCUUGAGCUUCAGCCAGGUCUCGACCGCCUUGGAUCAAUUGAGGAGAAGUUCAUGGGACCAGCUAUCCCUCUCUACGAGCCAAUUGAGAGUGGUGCUAAUGACAACAUCUUUUUGUCAAAGAGCUACGAUGCCACGAGCCACUUCGAGACAACGACUGAUGAUAUCAAGGAUAUUUACAAGCGUGCAGAAGGCCAGGAGCUCGUUGUUGAGGGCCUUAGGGAAGGUGCAAACUUCAACGUCGAAGAAUAA